AUGACGAAGAAGACACAACCAGGGUGCUGCUGUCCCCGCCCAGGUGUUCUGAUCCUGUGUGAGUCACUGGGCCUUCAUGUCCUCCCUCGAUCCGUCCCUCUCACUACCUCAGCUUUGUCUGUGGCGCGAAACCACCUGUGCAAUGUAGACAAUGUCCUGUUGCGGUACUCCAGCCUGCAGGAGUUGAGCCUUGGCUACAACCGGCUGGAUCGCUUCCCCCGUGGGCUUCCAUCGAGCCUGGAACGUCUACAGCUCCAGGAGAACCGCAUUACAUUCAUCACAGCUGGAGAUCUAAGGAACCUUGGGAAUCUGACACGGUUGGACUUGGAAGAUAACCGCAUUCGGGCCAUCCAGCCUGGGGCACUGCUGAGCCUGGCACGGCUGAGGAUGCUGUCUCUGAAAGGGAACCAGUUAUCAAGUCUGCCAUCACACCUUCCAGGUUCACUAACACACCUGGACGUGUCUGCCAACUGCAUUUCAACAUUGGAUUUGCCUUCGCUUGCUGUCUUGGUCAACCUUCAAGUCCUGAAGAUCAACAGCAACUGCUUACGCUCAGUGCCUGAACAUGCAUUUGAUAGCUUACCUCGUCUCCGCUCUGUAGAGCUGGCUAAUAACCUGUGGGUUUGUGAAUGUGACAUCAUGUAUUUGUAUCGGUGGCUGCUGACAGACAGGUUACGCAUGGCAACAGAUCUGGUGUGUGCAGCACCAUUACACCUGGCACACAAGCUGCUCCUGACCCUCUCUGUUGUGGCUAUCUGUCCAAGAAUCAUGAAGCCUAGUGAGAGAAUAGCACCAGUCAACGUUUCCAAGGUGAUGCUGGGGAAUUCUUCAAAAGAAUCUUCAGAUCCUACUUCUGAUGUCAUCAGAACUACAACUCAAACACCCCACAGCCCAACACCACAUGAAGAACCUGGUUGUAUGAACAACACAACCAACAUCCAAAAUGAUUUCUUGAGCACUUUGGCCCCUACAAACUCAUCCAGCAAGGCAGGAGUGCAGGUUGAGCCCACUCCUCAAACCUUGACCCAGACUGCUCCUGCUAUCUGUACUCUUGGUGCUGAGGAGCCUCCUGUGGAGAACACAGAGGGUCGCUCCCCUUCAGUGAGCAGUCAAAGGAACUCUUAA